GGGGGCGGGUCGGACUGCCGCGGGCCGGGGAGCACUCCGGGUGGCCAGCUGUGGGCCCGGGCCGUCGUCGGCUCCGGCUUGCGUGCGGAGAUGAGCGGGUCCCUCGGCCGAGCUGCGGCGGCUCUGCUCCGCUGGGGGCGCGGCGCGGGCGGCGGUGGCCUUUGGGGUCCGGGCGUGCGGGCGGCGGGCUCGGGCGCGGGCGGCGGCGGCUCGGCGGAGCAGUUGGACGCGCUGGUGAAGAAGGACAAGGUGGUGGUCUUCCUCAAGGGGACGCCGGAGCAGCCCCAGUGCGGCUUCAGCAACGCCGUGGUGCAGAUCCUGCGGCUGCACGGCGUCCGCGAUUACGCGGCCUACAACGUGCUGGACGACCCCGAGCUCCGACAAGGUCAGGCCAGUGUGCCGGGCAGGCGCCCUCCGCCCCGGGCCCAGGAGCAUCGCUGCACGAGGCCGAGGGGUUCCGCCGCGCCGGGCUGGGGAGCGGGGCUCCAUCCGCCGGGGUCUGUCUGAAGGCAUUAAAGACUAUUCCAACUGGCCCACCAUCCCGCAAGUGUACCUCAAUGGCGAGUUUGUAGGGGGCUGUGACAUUCUUCUGCAGAUGCACCAGAAUGGGGACUUGGUGGAAGAACUGAAAAAGCUGGGGAUCCACUCCGCCCUUUUAGAUGAAAAGAAAGACCAAGACUCCAAGUGAGGGCGGCCAAGUCCUCGCCGAGCAGAGAGGGAGCUGUUCAUGUCAGAGACUCACUGCCAGAAAAGCCUUACCCAUUUUGGUUUUCACUAUUGAGACCGCAACUGCUUGCACUGAUCAUUUUGGUUCGUGAGCAGUUGGUGAUUUUAGUUGGUCUGGUGUUCGAGCUAAGAAUAUUUUAUUGUGGACUUAAUUACAACCACUGCACUGUAAUGAUUCAAUGCUGUAUUAUGAUAUUGCUGUAAACAAAAUUCAUUCUUAUAUUGUCACUUAUUCUUUGCCUGAUUCAGAAGUUAAAUAGGAGCUUUGGAAUCAUUAUUCAUGACCCCUCUGCAAAUGUGACAGUCUCCAAAGACAGUAUCUCCCCCCAAAUUUUGUGUAGCUUCUUUUGUUAUGGAAAAUGGUGGACAAAAAAAGAAACUGUGAUAACUGGGGCGUUGUUUUUUAAAAUAAACUCCAGCACAGGGAUGCUGUGCAUGCCUGA